AUGGCGAAAAGCAGCGUCCAGUUGCGGGUGUACGACCUCAGCCAGGGCAUGUAAGCCGCACAUGAGAGAAAAGCGCCGCCUCGUAAUCUCAAAACCACGAUGUUCGCGCGUGUUGAUUUUUGUGUUCCUCCCCAGGGCUCGUCAGAUGUCGCUGCCGCUGCUGGGGAUGCAGAUUGACUACCUCCCUCACACAGGCUUGCAUGUGUUCGGCAGGGAGUACUUCUUCGGUCAGUCUGACGCAGCAACGAACACGCAUCGAUGACGGAAACGCGGGAUGGCAUCGUUGCCGUGUGUUGUGCUGCGACUGGAUGCAGGUGGGGGGAUCCAGGUGCUGACGCCCAGUGAGGUCGAGUCGACCUAUGGCAUGCGGCCCGUGGAGAUCAUCCCACUGGGCGACACGGAAGUGGCCGAGGAGGCCUUCCACGCGUAAGCACCAGAGCCAGCAGGAAGCAGCGAAGCGUACAGUGUGGCUAUCUAUCGCUUCUGAUGGAUUGGCUCAUCAGGUACCUCCACGAGACCGCUCACAUGUGGACGGAGAACACAUACAGUGAGCACGCGACACACACUCACACAGAGAGAGAAGUCAUCACCGUCUGCACUUUUUCGUCCCUCUGCUCAGACCUCCUGUCGCGCAACUGCAACAACUUCACCGACGAGGUACGGGCAUGUUGCGAACGAAGUACUCACUGCGCCGCGGUGUGGUCACUGUGGUGUUUGUUCUCAGGCGGCCAAGUUCCUGCUGGGCAAGGGCAUCCCCGAGCACAUUGUCAACCUCCCUCAGCGCGUGUCGUCCACGCCCCUGGGCGCCAUGAUCGCAAGUGUGAUGGGUGGCAUGCAGCAGAGUAUGCAGCAGCACCUCCACGACGCAAACCAGCAGUCAAUCUGGACCGCCGGGCCAACCGGACCCAGUAUCCCGGCGGCCAUGAGCGACCCCCCUCUGAGCCACGCAGGGGGUGACGAGCCGAUCGACCACGCCAUCGCGGUCAUGAUGGUGGCCGUGGAUGCGUCAGAGGACACCGGUGGCAAGAAGGCCAAGGCCAGGGCGACCGAGGCGCUCAGGAUCCUCCUGAACCUGGCGGCCAACAUCAGCAAGCACCCGGACGAGGCCAAGUACAGGACCGUCAAGAAGGACAACAAGAAGAUGCAGACCAGCCUGCUCAACAUCGACGGGGCGGCCGACGCCAUGGCAGCCAUCGGGUUCGAGGAGGCCACAAACGAAGAAGGGGAGGGGGUCUGGCGGUUCAAUGAUGAGAAGACGGGUGGCCUUGCGGCCGUUGAGGGCCGCAUCAAGGCUCAUCUGGACCACGUUGAGGCGCUACGACCUGUCCCUGCGGCGGCCCCCGCUGCACCAGUGGUGGCUCCACCUGCCCCUCGUGCUGCAGUAACGGCUGGUGCUUCCACUGGCGGUGACGACCUGGCGGCAUAUGCCGAGAGCCUGCGCAACGACCCUGCAGCGAUGGAGCAGUUCAUGAACGAUCCUGCGGUACGUUUGGCUGCCAUACUUUCCUUUCCUCUCAUCUGUGUGUGGAUGUGGGUGUCUCUGUGCUUGAUAUUGACCCAGGUUCGUGCGGCGGCUGCGACCAAUCCAGCGUUGGCGGCCAUGCUGCAGAACCCCGCUACCCUCAGAGACCAGCUGGGCAACGUCCAGACCGGCACUCAGCAGCAGCAGCAGCAGCAGCAAACCAACCCAGGUGAGAUUGCGAACCGAUACGAAAUGCAUCAUGCGCAUCUGUGCUGUUGCCCAUCCGUGUGUGUAUGUGGUACAGUGUUGACUUACGACCAUCAGUUGAAGCAGCUCGAGGCGAUGGGAUUCAGCGACAGGGAAUCCAACCUCAGGUACACGGCACACGGCCGCUGGACACUUGCAAGUGGCCUCACUCGACUCGAGGUGUGGUGCUUCCUGUGUGCAGGGCGUUGCAGUCUGUGGGGGGCAAUGUCAACGCUGCGUUGGACCGGCUGCUCGCGGGCGGGGGCUAG